AUGAGUGCCGGUUUGGAUUGCCCUUGGUUGCGCGCGGGUCUGCAGCCCACCACACAGCCACUGCCCAAGCCGCGCAAGAUUGUCCAGCUGCCAGUGGCCACCUUGGAUAUGGACGAUGAGAGCCCAACGAUGAAUGCAGCGCCACCAGUGACGCCUUCCAUAAGCAUUUUUAGGCGCUCCAAAACGACGUUGGAUAGUCCGCUGAGCAAUGGAUGCAGCGGCGGUGGAGGCAGUGGAGGCGGCGGCGGCGGUGGCGGUAGCUAUCUCAGCGGGAAGACUGUGGAGAUUAAAAAUAAUCUUAAGAAUGCCGCCGAGCGUCUAUUCUCCGAGAUCAUCAUAAGCCAAUCGCAGAAGCAAGCAGCAGCGGACACCACAAUUAUAACCAAGCAUGAGCGCGCCAUACAGCAUCAGGCGCUGCUGGAGCAGGAGCUGGCACAGCAGCAACAUCAUCGCCAGCAAUUGGAGCGUGCGCGUGCCCGUGCGCGUCCUUCUCCAGCUGAGCAGGUGACCAUACAAGCGGCGGGGAAUUGCACGCGGAUCAACAUCAAACCGGUUUCGGUGAGCGCUGGGAACACGCCGGAGAAGAAGCAUGCCUUUCAUGAGCUGCUCAUCUCAGAGCUGGCGGCCAUGCGCAAUCGCUCCUGCUCGCUGGAGCAGCUGCCCACCAGCAAGUCCCUGGCGACGCCCAGCAAGACUUUAACGCGUCAGCGCUACAACUCGAUUGAUGAUGCUGACACCGAGGAUGUGGAUGCGGAUAAUGUGGAGGAUGCAGAUGGUGAUGGUGAUGAGGAGGACACCCUGACUUAUGCCAUCAACAAAACGCUUAAGGAGCACAGCAAUGCGAAUGGCAGCAGCACGCCACGCAAGCGUUGCCCCUCGGGCUGCUCCUCGGACUCCUCGCCCUACGGCACGGAGCGCUCGCAGCGCAUACGCACCUCGGACUGGAUCGAGGUGGGCGACAACGGCAAGCAGGUCACGCUGACCAGCUGUCACAUCAGUCUCGAGGACUCGGGCAUGGAGGAUGAGGAGCGUCUUGACGAUAUGUCCUCCUCGGGCGUGGGCGACAGCUGGGACAGCGUCAAGGAGGCCGAGCACGAGAAGCGUUCACGCAACGUCAACGUCAAGCGCGGAAUGUCUUUGAGCGGUCUACCGCCUUUGCCAAAAUCUCUGAGCGGCUUCAACAAACUGCUUGGCUCCGAUUCGGGUUUGCUGAGCGAUGUGGAGGCGCAGCAGGAGCUGGAGAGCAACAACGACAACAACAACAAGGAGAACGACAGCGGCAACAAGUUAGCAAGCCAAAAAGUUAGUGAUAACAAAAGCAAUAACAACAACAACAGCAGCAGCAGCAACAACAAGAAUAGCAACAGUAGCAACAGCAAUCAGCAGGCAUUGAAAGACAGCAGCAACAAUAAUGCAAACGAUAAAUUAGCAGAGUCAGCAAUCACAGAAACAGCAGCAGCAACAACAACAACAGCAGCAGCAACAAUCGGCAAUGCAGCUGAAAUUGAAAACAAGACGACCACAGCAACAGGCUCACCUACUAAAGUCCAUAUCGGAGGUAGCACUUUGGACUCCCAGAUUGCAACGCUGCGUAAAGAAAUGCACGGGCUGCGUCAAUUGGAUCUCUCGUUGCUGUCACAGUUGUGGGCGCUUAAUGACUCCAUACAGGAGUUUCGCACCAUGAUCGAGGAAGACGAAGAGGAUGACGACGAGGCUGAAUUGGAUGAGCAGGGUAAUCGCAGGCACUCACCCACGCCCUCUUCCUACGAUUCGGUUAGUUCCGAAGGUGGCGCCGAUGCGGAUCUUGUAAAAGCAAAGCGUCUGGGUACUAUACCAAAGGUUAUAACAACGCAGCCCAAGCAACAGCAGCAACCAUUGAAGCCGGUGCCAAGAAUGCGCAGUGCACCACCGCCACCACCCGCUGCGUUAAUGUGCGCCUCGCGUAAGGCGGCGGCACCGCCACGACCCACAUGAUGUUACCUAACCGACUUCCUCGC